AUGAGAAGUCUAUAAAAACUGUGAGUUCCCCAAGGUUCGUCCUACUUGGCAGCUGCUGCCUCAUCCACAGCUUCUGACAUCUAAGAGCACUCUCCUCUCUGGAGCUUCCUGCCACCAUGGCCCACCGAUUUCCAGCCCUCACCUCAGAACAGAAGAAGGAGCUCUCAGAAAUUGCCCAGCGCAUUGUUGCCAAUGGCAAGGGGAUCCUGGCUGCAGAUGAGUCUGUAGGCACCAUGGGAAACCGCCUGCAAAGGAUCAAGGUGGAGAACACAGAAGAGAACCGCCGGCAGUUCCGAGAAAUGCUCUUCACUGUGGACAACUCCAUCAACCAGAGCAUCGGAGGUGUGAUCCUUUUCCACGAGACCCUCUACCAGAAGGACAGCGAGGGAAAGCUGUUCAGAAACAUCCUCAAGGAAAAGGGGAUCGUGGUGGGAAUCAAGUUAGACCAAGGAGGUGCUCCCCUUGCCGGAACAAACAAAGAAACCACCAUUCAAGGGCUCGAUGGCCUUUCUGAACGCUGUGCUCAGUAUAAGAAAGACGGUGCUGACUUUGGGAAGUGGCGUGCUGUGCUGAGGAUUGACAACCAGUGUCCAUCCAACCUUGCCAUCCAGGAAAACGCCAAUGCCCUGGCCCGCUACGCCAGCAUCUGUCAGCAGAAUGGGCUGGUUCCCAUUGUUGAACCAGAGGUAAUUCCCGAUGGAGACCAUGACUUGGAACACUGCCAGUAUGUCACUGAGAAGGUCCUGGCUGCUGUCUACAAGGCCCUGAAUGACCAUCAUGUUUACCUGGAGGGCACCUUGCUGAAGCCCAACAUGGUGACUGCUGGACAUGCCUGCACCAAGAAGUAUACUCCAGAGCAAGUGGCCAUGGCCACUGUCACAGCUCUCCACCGGACCGUUCCUGCUGCUGUUCCCGGCAUCUGCUUUUUGUCUGGCGGCAUGAGUGAAGAGGAUGCGACUCUCAACCUCAAUGCAAUCAACCUUUGCCCGCUCCCAAAGCCCUGGAAACUGAGUUUCUCUUACGGACGGGCCCUGCAGGCCAGUGCCCUGGCUGCCUGGAGUGGCAAGGCUGCAAACAAGAAGGCUACCCAGGAGGCGUUUAUGAAGCGGGCCCUGGCUAACUGCCAGGCAGCCAAAGGCCAGUAUCUUCACACGGGCUCUUCUAGUGCCGCUUCCACCCAGUCGCUCUUCACAGCCUGCUACACCUACUAGACCCUGAGGCUGGCCAGCCUGGCUCUCACCAUUCUAGCUGUCUUGGAAGGAAGGCUGAAAGGCAACAACUUCUUGACUGACCCUGGAAAUUACACAAGAUUAGACUGAAACUGUUGGAAACAAAAUACAUGUCAAAUUCUUGGACAUAAGAAAGAGAAUCAGUUAUUGAAACGUAAGUCUGAAUAUUAAGGAUUUCAGGAAAUUUCACCUGUUUCCUAGCAACACUUUCAUCUUCCCAUACCCCUGAGUUUCCACCCAAGGCAAGAACAGACUUUAAAACAAAAUCAGCUCUCCAGCCAAGCAACGACCACUGAAUGAAACACCUCAGAAGCUGAGUGCAGAGAAGUACAUCGUCUUAAACAAUCUUAGUGGUAGGUUAUGAAGGAGACAGCUGCAACUACAAAAGAAAUAAAAUGUUCUAUGAACCUUCA